AUGCAAGCUGUCUAUAUUGGACUGCUCCUUUUUAGUGUCGCCUGGGCAGCACUAACAUUUCAACCACAGACUGUGAAAACUAGGCAAGGCUGUCAUGUUUGCAUGUUACCUGGGAAGAAAAACCAAACCAACAUAAAGCAGGAAGAAGAAAGAAGUCACCAUUUUGACAAGAGGAGAAAUCAAGAGCUAACACCUAAAGGAAUAGUUACCCAGGGAAGAGAGAAAAACAUGUCCUUUUUUGAAGUCAAUGAAAAUAACCAAAGUAGAAAAGCCCCAAAUCUUUCUGCAUAUCAAGAGAUGCUGAAUGAAGACUACAGCAUCAGCAGCAAAGGGAACACCCACAGGGACCUAACCAUGUCUGUGUAUCCUGGGUCCACACGGGAUAAAGGGACUGAGGGUGGAGACGAUGGUCUCAACAAUCCACAUGACCAGGAAGAGUAUGGUGCAGCCCUCAUGAGAAUUAACAUGCAACAGCAUAUAAAGAGGCCAGUGACUGGGACUGAAUUGUGGACAGACAAAAACAAAGAGAAGAAACCUUGGAAUGUUCUAGGCACAAUUCCAGCAGAUGUCAACGAUGCUAAAACCCACUCCAAAGAUGAAAAGAAUUAUCAAAGAUAUCUACAAGCUGAGAAUAGCCCGGUAAAAAGCAAACGCACCCGUCAGAUCCGAAGAAGCACUCACUACCGAAAACAUCUCCCCAAGAUCCGAAAAAUCCCCAGUGACUUUGAAGGCAGUGGUUUCCCAGAUCUUCCGGAGAGGGGGGACAAUGAUGUCCCUCCUUUCAGUGGGGAUGGGCAGCCUUCUAAAAACAUUCUUGGCAAAGGAGAUUUUGGUCAUGCCCGAGAGAGCACAACAAGUCACACAGGGCUCUCAGGCUCUGGGAAAGCAGAGAUGUCUAAGCCUCACACAAGUGAGUUGGGUUCUAACGAGAUCCCAGAGAGAGAACAUGGUGGAAAUGCAAUUGGGACCAAGGACCAAACUACACAAGAGGUAGGAGCUGCUGGGGUGAGCCUUGUGGAGGGUAGCAAUGAAAUCACAGGCAGUACCAAUUUUAGGGAACUCCCUGGAAAGGAGGGACACAGAGUGGAUGCCGGCAGCCAAAACGCUCACCAAGGGAAAGUAGAAUUCCAUUAUCCACGAGUUCCCUCCAAAGAGAAGACAGCAGAAGGCGGCAGCCAUAGCUCCAAGAGUGCCAGCUACAAUGAAAUUCCUAAAAAUGGCAAAGGCAGUUCCAGAAAAGGGGCUCAGGAACAUAACAGGAACCAAGUGACCUUGACUGAAAAACAAAGAUCUUCUGGCAAAGGCAAGGGUCAGGGCCUGCUUAUUCCUUCCCAUGGUCUUGAUAAUGAAAUUAGAAAUGAAAUAGAUUCCUCCAGUAGCCCCAGUAAUGAGGAGAAUUUAAUAACACACAGCAGAAAAAGCCAUUAUAUCCCCCAUGGACAAAAUAAUUCCACACCGAAUAAGGGGAUGUCACAAAGGAGAGGCUCCUGGCAUUACCGAAGGCCCCAUUCCAAUAGGCGCUUCAGCCCUCGUAAAAGAGGUGACAGCAGUGAGUCAUCUGACAGUGGCAGUUCAAGUGAGAGUGAUGGUGACUAGUCCCCAGGAAUUCCCUGCUAGAUAGCAAUUUGAACACCAGUCCUCUGCACUGGCUGUGGAGGCCACAACUGAGAACUGAGCACACUAACAAGCCUGGUCUCCUAAGGCAAUUUUUGCUAUUUUCAUGUUC